AUGACUGGAGCUGUCGUGACACGGGUCAAUGCUCAUACUGCCAUGGCUAUUCCCAUGAUGGGGUAUAUCCUUGCUUUGGCCUUCCCGAUCUACGUGAACAUCUACAAAAGGGACAAUAUGGAUCUGCAUCGUAACACUGAGGUUAAUGUCAAGGCACCAAGUGCUAAGGAGCUGGAGCUGGAGGGAGGUCCUAUUGCCACCAAUGUGGAAGUAGUGGAGACCCAGAAUACCGAGAGGGCAUAA